UCCAUUUUUUCCAAUUUCCACCCUCGCAUCCACCGCGCCGCCGAGAGAGAGGAAGGGUUUCCGAUGGAGAACGGCGAGGAGACGUUCGCCUCCCCUGCCGCCGCGGAGUUCGAGUUCGACCCGGCCGUCACCAACGGCGGGGGCCGCACCAAGCCCGGCGGCGCGGACGAGAUCAGCGCCCUCCGCGCGACGAAGCGCGACCUGGAGGAGAAGCUCGACGCCGUGGGCCACCAGAACCGCUUCCUGUCCUCGGAGUCCCGCCGCCUCGAGGUCCUCGUGUCCCAGGCCCGCGACGAGAUCGUCUCCUUCGAGCACGCCGCCGCUGCCAACGAGAACGAGGCCGCCACGCUCCGCGCCGAGGUCAAGCACCUCCAGGACCUCCUCGCCACCGAGAAGUCCAGCCACGAGGCGGAGAUGCGCAAGGGCGCGGGGCUCGGGGACCAGCUGCAGACCGUGUACCAGGAGAAGGUCGCCCUCGAGGAGGAGAUCGAGGCCCUGAAGGCUUCCGCCGCCGCCGCAGAGAAGGAGAAGGGGGAGGAGAAGGAGGAGGCGGAGGAGGAGUCGGCUGCUCCCUCGGCCGUGACGCCUAAGGAGGCGGUGGCGGCGUCUCCCGUGCUGAUGGCGGCCGCGGCUGCUGGUGCUGCUGCCACGGCCGCCAUCGCGGUGGUCUUGCUCAACCUCAAGAGGUAAUCUGGUGGUCCGAUAUGUGGGAAGUUUUGAUCUUCUGCUAUGGCCUAUAUGAGAAUGGAUUAUCCGUUUUGUGGUGUUACUAAUGACCGGUUGUAGUAUCUUUAGUAUUUCACUGGUUAGUAUAUUAGAGCAACGUAUAGUGUUGGGCCUUUAUCGCAAGUCCUUUUCCUUUCUGCAGACUGCAGUUUUCCAUGCUAAUAAGAGUUGUCAACACAAAGAGAGACUCUGUUAUUUUGAUGUUGCACCCUAAUUCUAGUUACUAUCACUUGGUUAA